CUCGAGGCCGUCUUCUGCAUGUUCGACGGCGGCACGGGCUCCAUGGACGUGCGGCGUCUGGGCGCCUGCCUCCACAAGCUCGGCGUCAAGUACGACAAGAAGAUGCUCGACGCGGCCACCAGCGCGUUCGACGCCGACGGCUCGGGCAAGAUCGAGCUCGGCGAGUUCGUCGAGAUGUUCGCGACGCUCCGGGCGAGCGACGAGCUCGCCGUGGAGAACGUCGGCGCGACGCGCGAGAAGCUCAGCGACGUCGAGGCCGUCGCGGCGCGCGAGUCGUUCGACCGCCUCGGCAGCCACGGCAAGGUCGGCUCGGGCGAGAUCGGCAAGCUCUUGAGGGACGUGGGCGUGGAGGCGUCCGCGGCGGACGUCCUGGGCCUUUUUCGGUUUCUCGACAAGGACGGCUCGGGGUCCAUCGAGUUCGACGAGUUCGUGAACCUCGUCGAG